GAAGAGUAGUUCCUUCAAGGAUUGAGAGGAUAGGAAGCCAAAGGGGCUGGACCCAGUCAUGGUAGACGGAACAGGCACAGGUACUUUUGGGCGGGUUCAUCUGGUGAAAGAAAAAAUGGCCAAACGUUACUUUGCCUUGAAAGUAAUGAGCAUUCCAGAUGUCAUUCGGCUAAAACAAGAACAGCAUGUACACAAUGAGAAGUCAGUCUUGAAAGAGGUCAAUCACCCAUUUCUGAUCAGAUUAUUUUGGACCUACCACGAUGAACGCUUUUUAUACAUGUUAAUGGAAUAUGUACCUGGAGGAGAACUUUUUAGUUAUCUGCGCAACAUGGGGCGUUUCAACAACAGCACAGGACUGUUUUACUCUGCCGAGAUUAUUUGUGCGAUAGAAUAUUUGCACUCCAAAGAAAUCGUUUACAGAGACUUAAAACGAAAUAUAUUGUUAGAUAAAGAAGGGCAUAUCAAGCUUACAGAUUUUGGAUUUGCUAAAAAGCUGGUGGAUAGAACAUGGACGCUGUGUGGCACACCAGAAUACCUUGCGCCAGAAGUGAUACAGAGUAAGGGUCAUGGAAGAGCUGUGGACUGGUGGGCUCUAGGAAUUUUGAUAUUUGAGAUGCUGUCAGGGUUUCCUCCAUUUUUUGAUGACAACCCAUUUGGUAUAUAUCAGAAGAUUCUUGCUGGCAAAAUAGAUUUCCCCAGACAUUUGGAUUUGUAUGUGAAGGACCUUAUUAAAAAGCUUCUAGUGGUUGACAGGACAAGGCGAUUGGGAAAUAUGAAGAAUGGAGCAGAUGAUGUGAAACGGCAUCGGUGGUUCAGAUCUACAGAUUGGGAUGCUGUACCUCAAAGAAAACUAAAGGUAGUAGGGGAUGAGAGUUGUGUGAGAGAAGGCAACAUCUGUUUGCUUUACACAAACCCAUCUGCCUAA